GAUAAACUUUCCAUCGAAUCACGACCAGUAUUAACAGCACAGUUAUUUGAUGUUUCAUUCUUGUUCUUUUUAUCCACGCUGCCACAUCUACUAUCAGGGUCCUCCAUCUGGAAAUAAAGCUGACUGAAAGUUAUAGCGUGGUCCGAAGAAAUACUAUUAUACCAUGGAUGGCGUCCAGCAAUGUCAUUUUCCAGCAGGCGUUACUGGAUUGGAGGCUAGACUAGAGACCUGGGAACGAUCUGGAAUUGUGAAAGAUAUUGAAAAUAAAAUGAGAACAGAAAAAUUAACGAAUUAGCAUACUUUUCAAUUGGGUAAUUAUAUGGAAAAGAAAGGAAACAAAAUGAAAUAGCAUGGAAGAGAGGGAAAGAUAUCGAGAAAUAAAGAAAUGAUUACCCAUCAUCCACUCCGCUCGUUUACUGCUCACGUCACUCACUAAACUAAAAGAAAUCUGAAGAAAUUAAAUGGCUGUUAUUCUUGUACAAAAUCCUCUCAAUUCAGCUGAAAAUGCACACUCUGUGUUUCAUGAUCUUAGCAAUAAUGACAAUAAGCGUUGUACAUGGAAAAGAUAAGCUCCAUGAAGACGACAACCACAAGUUUACGGCAGAAAACCUUGAGAAAAAACUUAAAGAUACAGGUAUUGGUGCAGAUUUGCAAUCUCGCAUUCUAAAAGGCGGUUCAACGACUUUUGAAAAAGUCGAUAAGGAAACGAUGUCGAAACUUCCUCCGUCUGUUUUGGCUUCAGUUGGUAAAGAUGCAAUUCGAGGAAUGAAUGAUCAGCAGCUACAAGGGAUGGUGAAAGGUUCUAUGAAGCGCGGAACAAGCAGUAAAGACAUUCAAAAACUCUUAGAAAAUGUGGACUCAAAUCAGUUCAAAACGGUACUCAGUUUCGUCAAGAAUUCGACGACUAAGUUGUCUAAAAAGCAAAUGGAGGCUUUUAAAAAUCAAAUGAAGAAGACAAAAGGUGACCCAUCGACCUGGUCAGCGAGCACUGUCAAAGAAAUGGGUGGUAUGAUAGUGGGAUUGUCGCCUAAUGAGAUCAAAAAACUAGCUAGUGCCGGCAAAGAAACCUUUGAAGCAAGUCUUGAUGAACUUGCGAAAACUGAUGUGAACACACUUACUAAAGGGCAAAGGCGACAGAUCAUUAAGGGAGCUGAAGAAAGCUUUGGCGAAAAGUCAAAAUGGACAUCCUCAACCAUCAAAAAAAUGUCUAAAUUUGUUGGUGAUAUGAAACAUAAAGAUUUGGCUGAAAUACCGGUGUCUGCGAUCAAAGGCGCUGUAUUGACUCUGGGUAAGACCAAACUAAAAGGGAAAAGCUCCCGUGAAAUGAUGAAUAAACUAAAAGAUCCCAAGAAUGGAUUUGGAGCAUCAGACAAGUGGACGUCAGAAACACUCAGAUCAUUGGGUAAUCUGACAACAGGGUUGACAGGAAAAGAUAUUGAGCAUCUAGACCGUCAUGCUGUUCAGGGUGCAUUGAAACCUUUGGGAAGCGUCCAGUUCUCUUUGAAGCAGGCUCGUAAAAUGGCAUCAAAGGUGAAAGAAGCCUAUGGUUCGGUGAACAAAUGGACAGCUGAAGUAAUAAGGAAUGCAUCAAACAUUCUUACUGGACUGAAGCCUAAAGAACUUAGUCAGCUACCAAAAGAGGCCGUCAUGGACUCAGUUGAAAAACUAAAACGAGUGAAAUUCUCUCAAACUCAGCCUUCAAAAUGGAAUGAGUCCAUUGCCGAGCAAAUGGGACCGUUCAUUGGUGGUCUCCCCUUAUCAGACCUUAAGAACAUGCCUAAAGCUGCGAUAAAGUCUGCCCUGAAGGCAAUGAAAGGAGACGAUACCGUGCCACCCGCCAAGAGAAGAGCCAUCUUAAAAAAAGCAAGAGAAGCAGGUGAUUUAAAACUGAAGGAAGUCGGUUCUUUCCUGAAAACGUUCAGUCUGAAGGACCUAGAGAGCGUGGAUCCCAUCGUAGACCUGGGCCUAAAUGAUACAGACGAUGGCAACGGUACAGAGGACACCACGUUAACAUGGAAGCUAUCGCAGGCUCGCAAGGUUCUUGGGAAGAUAAAAAAGACAUGGGGCGAUCCUGAUAGCAGCGAAUCGCAAUGGACUCUAGAUAAUAUCGUUCGUCUAAAGGGCUUAGCAAUCGGUGUAUGGAAGACAUUGAUUGACAGUAGGUCAUCACAUGACAUUGCAGACAUUGUAGAGGAAUUCUCACAACAAGAAGGCUUUACUCCUGGGCAGAUGAAAAUGAUCAUUAAAGCAUACAAGGACAAGUUGGGUCUCAAUCUUUCAAAAAACUUCACCAAUCUUGAUCAGAUCGAGAUUGAGGCACUGGGACAGUUUGUACAAGAACUUAACGACACAGACCUCGCCAACCUUAACGUUGAUGCUGGUGUGGAGGCUGUCAGGCAGAUAGGAGUUACAGAAUUACAUCACAAACCACGUGGACUUGUUGAAAGAAAGCUAGCAACUGGAUUAAAAUUACUGGCAAAGAAAUACAAUAAAGCGAACUUAGAUCCUAAAGACUUGAAAUCAGACGACUUCCAAGAUUUGGGUAAUCUAUUACUAGGUCUGUCCCCUAGACAAAUCCAGCAGAUUGUUAGCACACAGUUUAAAGAUGCUGUUGGCACGUUUGGUCAAAUACAAGGCUAUAAUAAAGAACAGCUACAUGAAAUGGCUGACAAGGCUAAAGAAGCUUACAAAGGUAAUGGCAACGUUGAAGACGCUCCUUCAGCCCUCACCGGUGAAGACGUAGACGACAUGGGCAAUGUAUUGGAAGGUUUUACACAGGACGACUUUGCUAAAAUGGACGAACAUGUUGUACAAGAAAAAAUCGAUGACCUUGGUUCUCUUGUACUUGAUAAAGAACAGGCUGAGGGACUAAUGCAGGUCGCACUUACAGCCAAGCGAAAGAAAAGACAAACAGAUAUAUCUAGUAAAAGUGGUGAUGAGUUGAUAGCUAUGGGAAGUACAUUAUUAGCUCUGAGUACUAGUGACAUCGCUUCUGUUGAUAACACGGCGUUCGAUGACGCAGCUUCUUCUAUUGGCUCAAUCAAAGGAUUUACGUUGGAACAGCUACAGGCUUGGGCAAAUAAGGCUAAAAAGGCAUGGAACUCUGAUGUUGCUCUGAUAACAUCGGACCAGCUUCUACGAUUAGGAGCAAUCUCUGUAGGUUUUAGUGCUGAUGAUUUGUCUAAAAUGUCUUUAACCAGUGAUGAUGUUAUUGAAAGUCUUGGUUCGCAGCCCGUAGCCUCUGGUGAUGAAGUUGGGUAUUCAGCUGAUCAGCUGUCAAAAGCCCUAUCUAACAUAAAGACGCGUAAAGGCAAAGCCAUUAAAGAUUUUACUGGCGAUGAAAUCACUGCCUUGAAGAACUUUGCUAUCGCAAUGACGGCCAGUGAAGUAGCUUCUAUUAGUUCUCAAGAGUUUGGGGCCGCAGUCAGUACACUUGGAGGACUUAAGGGGUGGUCUGAGGAACAGUUAGUGAAACUUAAAGAAAAUUGCGUGGCUUUGUACGGAAGCAUAUCAACAUGGGAUUCGGCAGAUAUCAGAGAAGCUGGUGUAGCUAUAGGUGGUUUUACAUCCUCUGAGUUGGAAUACAUCAAGGAUGAUCUUCUUGCAAUGAUAUCUCCAACAGCCAUCGGAUCAAUGCCUCCAAAUUUGUUUAAAUCGUUCAGCGAAGAACAGUUGAAACAAUUCGACUCAAGCCAGGCCGCGGCGGUCACACAGUCUCAGAAGGACGCGCUGCCUGCGAACAAACGUGCUAUCAUACAGGAAACCCUUGGAGUGUCUGCAAACAGCAGCUCAGGAAAAGUCCGAGAAGUUCCCAUUCUGUAUGUUGUCAUUGCAAUACUCAACACCAUCGUGAUUUAUGGCUAAUUUUUUGCAUUUAUACAUUUUAUAUACACAGGGAGCGGUUAAAUAUAUUUAAUUUCCUUUUAAUAUUUAGUCUUUAUUUGUACAAACAUUUUAUAUUAAAAUCAUUUCUAAGAUGUGUGUGUGUGCGCAAUAUAUACACAUUAUAUCGACCACCAAGUGAUAACUUGAAUGGUCGCCUUAUUCGAGACUA